AUGUUAUUAGUUUCAGUUUUUAAUUGGAGAAUGUUAAACCCUACCGAAAAUACGAACCCUAAAAACUAAAUCUUUGUCUCUCUCAUUGUUCACUCCACUCAACUCUGCACAACUCCCAUCCCCAUUCUCGCGUUAACGUCUCACUCUCUCGGUUUCAUUUGCAUUUGAGACCAAAUCUCAGACCUAAAAAUGCACGCACCAGUAGUUGUUCUAAAGGAUUCUCUCAAGAGAGAAUCUGGAAGCAAAGUGCAACAUGCCAACAUCCAAGCUUCCAAGGCCGUUGCUGACAUAAUACGUACAACUUUGGGUCCCAGAUCCAUGUUGAAAAUGCUGCUAGAUGCUGCUGGAGGCAUCGUGGUGACUAACGAUGGAAAUGCCAUUCUUCGUGAAUUAGACCUUGCUCACCCAGCUGCAAAGUCAAUGAUUGAACUAAGUCGUACACAAGACGAAGAAGUAGGGGACGGAACAACAUCUGUGAUUGUUCUUGCUGGUGAAAUGCUCCAUGUUGCAGAAGCAUUUAUUGACAAACAUUUUCAUCCUACGGUAAUCUGCAGAGCUUACAAUAAAGCUCUAGAGGAUGCUAUUGAUGUGCUUGACAAAAUAGCUAUGCCCAUUGACACACAGGAUCGUGCAACAAUGUUGGGGCUGGUUAAGAGCUGUAUAGGUACAAAAUUCACUAGCCAAUUUGGAGAUCUGAUUGCUGAUUUGGCAAUUGAUGCUACCACAACUGUGGGUGUUGAUCUUGGCCAAGGGCUGAGGGAAGUAGAUAUCAAGAAGUACAUUAAGAUUGAGAAGAUACCUGGUGGGCAGUUGGAAGAUUCCAAAGUUCUUAGGGGGGUUAUGUUCAACAAAGAUGUUGUUGCCCCUGGAAAAAUGAGGAGAAAGAUCAUUAACCCUCGCAUCAUACUCCUUGAUUCUCCCCUUGAAUACAAAAAAGGAGAGAACCAAACAAAUGCUGAACUAGUCAAUGAAGAAGAUUGGGGAGUCCUGUUGAAGAUGGAAGAGGAAUACAUUGAGAACCUUUGUGCACAGAUAAUUAAGUUCAAACCAGACUUAGUAAUCACAGAGAAGGGCCUUAGUGACUUGGCAUGUCAUUAUCUUAGCAAAGCUGGUAUCAGUGCAAUUAGGAGGUUGAGGAAGACAGACAAUAAUAGAAUAGCCAAGGCCUGUGGUGCUGUCAUUGUCAACAGAGUUGAUGAACUACAAGAGUCUGAUGUUGGUACCGGAGCUGGGUUGUUCGAGGUUAAGAAGAUAGGGGAUGAGUUUUUUGCUUCUAUUAUUGAUUGCAAAGAUCCAAAAGCUUGUACUGUUCUAUUAAGAGGUGCCAGUAAGGAUCUUUUAAAUGAAGUUGAAAGAAACCUACAGGAUGCCAUGUCUGUAGCAAGGAAUAUAAUCAAAAACCCAAAGCUUGUACCCGGAGGUGGUGCUACAGAGUUAACUGUAUCUGCUACCUUAAAGCAAAAAAGUUCCUCUAUUGAAGGCAUUGAAAAGUGGCCAUAUGAAGCUGCCGCCAUAGCUUUUGAGGCUAUACCACGAACUUUGGCACAAAAUUGUGGUGUCAAUGUGAUUAGGACCAUGACUGCACUGCAAGGAAAGCAUGCAAAUGGUGAAAAUGCAUGGAUCGGCAUAGAUGGAAACAGUGGUGCCAUCACUGACGUGAAAGAGCAGAAGAUCUGGGAUGCCUACAACGUGAAGGCACAGACCUUUAAGACUGCCAUAGAAGCAGCCUGCAUGCUUCUGAGAAUAGACGAUAUUGUGAGUGGGAUUAAAAAGAAGCAGGCCCCUGGAGCAGGUGGAGCUCCCAAACCUCAGAUUGAAACAGAAGGAGAUGCUGAUGGUGAACAAAUUCUUCCCGACUGAAGAUGUUGAGAGUUGAAUUGACACAUCUUUUGUUUUGUGUUUCUAAUCCUAGAAAAAAUGCCUGAUGGUUUAAUUAGCUUUACAUGGGUUUUGUUUGUGGAGCUUUCAUUGAGCCAGAAUUUUGGUCCUUCCGAAUGCGUUUGCUGUUGGGAUAUUAUAUGUAAUCUAGAGAAUGAACUUGAGUUUUUAUUUUUUGUUUGAAUGGAAUUUUCAAAUUAUGAUUUCUUCAUUA